AUGGAGAGCGAAAUCUCGGCCACCGAGAGCGUUACGCUCAACGAGAGCGACUUGGCGUCCGCAGCAUCGGCGUCCUCUUUGCUCAGCGACAGCGAGAGCUACGGCGUAGCAAAUGCGCCAUCGAAACCAGGCAAAGUGGCUCCAUCCAAACAAAACGGCCCCAAGACGUCGGUGGAAGACCAAGAGCUACUGCAGCUAUCUAAUAACGCAGGUCGAGGUGAACGAGGACUUAAGCUGCUGCAAGAUCUAUGGAGACAACUUAUGACAUGGCUACAGUUGCUGUAUGUUCCAUGGGCUGCCCGAUUCCCAGUCGCAGCAUCUAAAGUGGGUGAAUGGAGACAAAAGACCGCAUGGAUCUUAAAAGGUCCCAAAGAUUGGGUCAAAAUGUGGAAGGGAGACCCCAAUGCCCCAGUUAAAUACUGGGUUUAUCCCACCCACUGGCUCACUUACGCCUCCAUCAGCCUCGUGCUGCUUCAGAUCCUUAUUUACUGCAAGUUCCAGACUGUUUCAUUUGAUCUACGCGUCCACGAGUGUGUAUUCAGAGAGAGACUGCUAGCUUCAGCUGAUCUGAUGCAGCGUAGUGCAGUGCCCAGUACCCACAUGCAGCCUCGCGCAGCAGCAUUGAGGUUCCUGGAACGUCGCUUCGAGCAACAAUACAGUCCAGGAGCACGGCAACCUGGCCAGGCCAGACUGCCGUGGACAUGUCUAGCUGUCAUUCCUACGGGAAGUGACAGAGCUAUGGCUCAAGCAACCGAGUUGGCAUUCUUGUGGCCUCGAAGUCAAGUUGUGGCUGCAAACGCUCACUUUAAGAUCGCAAGUAGGGUUCACGUCGCUGUGGGCGCCAGUCCACUCGAUAGAGCAGCAGAGACACAAAUUUAG